AUGAAAUCGAUGGAAAAAACAGAAGAUAAUAUACUAGCCGCUAAGUGUUCCGUGAUAAAGCAUGAUUCAGUCAUUGGAAACAAAGGAGACGGCUUGAAUACAUACAGACUAGAUAUUAACGAAAACGAUUUGGACGAGAAGUAUUGUGGAUUGAAUUCAGACACUCUACAGGAUUGUAACUCAAAUAGGGAGAAUAUGGAAUGUAAUGAAAAAGAAGAAGUACAAGCCAUGUCACCAGAAUUUGGACUCGUGAAAACAAAUAUUUCUCCCGAAGAAGCUGAAGAAUUACUGAACGCGUGUAUUACUGUCAAUCAGGAAAAGGAGAAUAUGGAAUGUAAUGAAAAAGAUGAAGUACAAGCCAUGUCACAAGAAUUUGGACUCGUGAAAACAAAUAUUUCUCCCGAAGAAGCUGAUGAUUCGGAAGAUAAUAGUGGUGAAUUAUUGAACGCGUGUAUUACUGUCAAUCAGGAAAAGGAGAAUAUGGAAUGUAAUGAAAAAGAUGAAGUACAAGCCAUGUCACAAGAAUUUGGAAUCGUGAAAACAAAUAUUUCUUCCGAUGAAGCUGAUGAUUCAGAAGAUAGUUGUGCUGAAUUACUGAACGCGUGGAAAGACUAUCCCGAAUUAUAUUGGAAAUCGUAUUUUUCAGGCGACGAAGGAGGCGACAAUACGGAUUGGAAUGAUGAACAAGAAGAAGUACAAGCCAUGUCACAAGUAUUUGCACAUGUGAAUACAAAUAUUUCUCCCGAAGAUGCUGAUGAUUCGGAAGAUAAUAGUGGUGAAUUACUGAACGCGUGUAUUACUGGCAAUCAGGAAAAGGAGAAUAUGGAAUGUAAUGAAAAAGAUGAAGUACAAGCCAUGUCACAAGAAUUUGGACUCGUGAAAACAAAUAUUUCUUCCGAUGAAGCUGAUGAUUCAGAAGAUAGUUGUGCUGAAUUACUGAACGCGUGGAAAGACUAUCCCGAAUUAUAUUGGAAAUCGUAUUUUUCAGGCGACGAAGGAGGCGACAAUACGGAUUGGAAUGAUGAACAAGAAGAAGUACAAGCCAUGUCACAAGUAUUUGCACAUGUGAAUACAAAUAUUUCUCCCGAAGAUGCUGAUGAUUCGGAAGAUAAUAGUGGUGAAUUACUGAACGCGUGUAUUACUGGGAAUCAGGAAAAGGAGAAUAUGGAAUGUAAUGAAAAAGAUGAAGUACAAGCCAUGUCACAAGAAUUUGGACUCGUGAAAACAAAUAUUUCUUCCGAUGAAGCUGAUGAUUCAGAAGAUAGUUGUGCUGAAUUACUGAACGCGUGGAAAGACUAUCCCGAAUUAUAUUGGAAAUCGUAUUUUUCAGGCGACGAAGGAGGCGACAAUACGGAUUGGAAUGAUGAACAAGAAGAAGUACAAGCCAUGUCACAAGUAUUUGCACAUGUGAAUACAAAUAUUUCUCCCGAAGAUGCUGAUGAUUCGGAAGAUAAUAGUGGUGAAUUACUGAACGCGUGUAUUACUGGGAAUCAGGAAAAGGAGAAUAUGAAAUGUAAUGAAAAAAAUGAAGUACAAGCCAUGUCACAAGAAUUUGGACUCGUGAAAACAAAUAUUUCUUCCGAUGAAGCUGAUGAUUCAGAAGAUAGUUGUGCUGAAUUCCUGAACGCGUGGAAAGACUAUCCCGAAUUAUAUUGGAAAUCGUAUUUUUCAGGCGACGAAGGAGGCGACAAUACGGAUUGGAAUGAUGAACAAGAAGAAGUACAAGCCAUGUCACAAGUAUUUGCACAUGUGAAUACAAAUAUUUCUCCCGAAGAAGCUGAUGAUUCAGAAGAUAAUAGUGGUGAAUUACUGAACGCGUGUAUUACUGUCAAUCAGGAAAAAUUGAUAUCAAUUAACGAUGUUAAACAAUUGUUCCUAGAAGCAGGUUUUAAACAAGUUCAAAAUAAUCUUGAUGAUAGUUGUAUGCAAGUUAACGAUUCAUAA